AUGUUGGAUACCUUUACGAUUCUGACCACCUCCGGGGUGGUCCUUUGGUCGCGCUCGUACGCUCCGAUCAGCCCUUCUAUUAUCAAUAAUUUUAUCUCGGAUGUAUUCAUAGAGGAGAAGGCGUCAGUGGCCGGGCCCAAGGAUCCUCAGUCUGCCACAGCGAACUCUCCGUACCACAGUGAGCAACACACCCUAAAAUGGGCAAUGGUCAAGGAGCUGGGCGUCAUCUUCGUUGCUGUCUAUAGAUCACUUCUUCACCUCUCCUGGGUCGACCAAUUUGUGGAUAAUAUCAAAGCCAUCUUUGUCGGUCUCUAUGGUGAACAAUUGAAGAAGCCAAAUACUACCCUCGUGAAGUGCGGAAAUUUCGACGAUUACUAUGACCAGCAAGUUCGAGCUUUGGAGAAGUCAGGCAUACAUGUCGAACAAGGAGAUGCGGGUGGCCUCGAGUCGGGGGGUGCACAGCCUCCAGCUCCCCCAGGUCUCAUACAUCGUCACGUCACUCAAAACGAGACUUCGGCGGCCGAAGACUCCCCUGUCGGGAGCCCCAGCGCAUCGCGACCGACCACCCCGAGCGCAAACCAUCUUGUCGUACCGAAAGGCCUAGCUGGAAAGAUGUCGAGACGUCAGCGCAAGGUCCAACAUGCCGCCUCGGCGGCAGCAUCAUCUGGGGAUGAGUCUCCGCGGCGCAAGGCCAAGAACACCAAGGCGCAGAAGAAGGGAAGGAAAUGGGAUGCUGAUGGAAUGGCUACGGAGGAUGAUGAUAUUCAGCUCGACUAUUCGAUGACCAGCAAUGCUCAAAGCGACUCCGACGGCGAUGUGGGGAGGUCUUCGGCUGUUGAACACGUUGAUUCGUCAACCUGGGGAGCCAAAACUGCGAAGGGCCAGUUCGUGUUGAAGGACCUCGACGACGAAGUGCAAGACCUCCUAGAAUCCGCUCAAGAGCGUUCCAAUGCCGCUGCCACAAAGUCAGGUUCUUCUGGUGGACUCGUUGGGUCCGGACUCAACGCUAUCAGCGGGAUGUUACGAAACGUUGUUGGUGGAAAGGUCCUGACCAAGGAAGAUUUGGACAAGGCGAUGAAGGGGAUGGAAGAUCAUCUUUUGAAGAAGAAUGUGGCUAGAGAGGCGGCCGUUCGACUUUGUGAAGGCGUUGAGAAGGAGUUAGUCGGGGUAAAGACGGGCAGUUUUGAGAGCAUCAACGCUAGGAUAAAAUCCGCCAUGGAGGCAUCCUUGACAAAGAUGCUUACUCCGACAUCUUCGCUAGACCUUUUGCGCGAGAUCGACGCCGUCACUAACCCUUCCAGGCUCUCUGGAAGGACGCGCCGGCCUUACGUCAUGUCAAUUGUCGGAGUCAACGGUGUUGGGAAAUCUACCAACCUGUCCAAGAUCUGCUUCUUUCUCUUGCAGAACAAGUACAAGGUCCUCAUUGCUGCGGGUGAUACCUUCAGAUCUGGGGCAGUAGAGCAAUUGGCGGUGCACGUCCGUAACCUCAAAGAACUGACGUCCCGGGAGGGCGGGCAGGUGGAACUCUACCAAAGAGGAUACGGCAAGGAUGCCGCUGCCGUCGCCAAGGACGCCGUCGCAUACGCGGCUAGCGAAGACUUUGACGUUGUGCUCAUUGACACGGCGGGCCGUCGGCACAAUGACCAGCGGCUCAUGUCCUCGCUCGAAAAGUUUGCGAAAUUUGCCCAGCCUGACAAGAUUCUCAUGGUUGGAGAGGCGCUCGUGGGGACGGACUCUGUCGCGCAGGCUCGCAACUUUAACGCUGCUUUUGGAUCAUCCAGGACUCUUGAUGGGUUCAUCAUCUCUAAAUGUGACACGGUGGGCGACAUGGUGGGAACGCUCGUCAGUCUCGUGCAUGCGACGAACGUACCGGUUCUCUUUGUCGGCGUCGGACAGCAUUACUCUGAUUUGAGGAACUUUUCCGUUAAAUGGGCUGUAGAGAAACUUCUUAGCCCCACGUCUUGA